CAGUUGGGUUCUAAGAAGUCAAUACAUUCAAAGCGUUUGUACAAUCAACAAUGUUUAAAAUAAAUGUGAUAUUGUUUUUAAUUAAUUAUGUAAUUGCACAAGGAAAUAUUGGCGACGGAAAACUAAAGCAAAUAUUUAGUUGGAAACAAAUAGGUUAUGAUAUUCAUGGAGUUAAAUAUAGAAACAGCUCAGACCACGAACGAAGACCGGACGGCAUUAUUUUCGACCAAGACCUAGAAGAGGAAGAGAAAUUCUUCAUUCAAUACAACAAUGUUCCUAUAGGAUUACAAGUGUAUGCUGAUAAAGUGUUUGUAACCGUGCCUAGAAGGAAAUAUGGAAUACCUUCGACCCUUAACUACGUGGAUAGAAGUGCUCCCUCUCCACUGCUGAUGCCGUAUCCUAGCUUCGAAGAAGUGAAGAGACUUGUUUCAGUGUAUCGGCCCGCGGUGGAUGAGUGUGAUCGACUGUGGAUGGUCGACACGGGACUUUUAGAAGUACCAGGAGCUCGUAAGCAACUCCAGCCGCCUGCGAUCUUGGCGUACGACUUGCCGACCGGCACACUACUGUUCAGAUACGUGUUCGGUUCCGCUGUCCUGAUCAACGAAAGGACUAGCGGAGGCCUGACUUCAAUAACAAUUGACGUGCAACGAUCGGCAUGCGACGACGCGUACGCGUAUGUUAACGACUUGGCAACAGAGGGUCUGGUAGUGUUUUCGCUAAAACAAAGACAGUUUUGGAGGAUUAAUCAUCCAAGUUUUUCUCAUGACGAGAGCGCCAUGAACUUCACAGCUGCUGGGAGCGUCAUCAACUGGAAAGAUGGCGUAUUCAGCAUUGCCUUAUCAGAGACCAGGAAAUCCAUAAGGACAGCGUACUACCACCCUCUAGUGUCAACUCAUGAGUUUUCAAUAGACACAAGGAUUUUAAAACAAAGAGGUUUCAACUUCAACAACCAGUUUAAAGACCUAGGCACCAGAGGCCCGAACACACAGAGCAGUAAACACGUGUACCACGCUGGAACUCGAACCUUGUUCUUCGGUAACGUGGCCCAGGACGCUAUCCUGUGUUGGAACGUGGAUGUACCUUUGACUCCUGAAAACGUAGGCAUAACUGUGCAGGAUCAUCAAAAACUUGUUUAUAUUAGUGAUAUGAUAUUAAAAGAAGACGAAGUGUGGGUCUUGGCGAAUCAGAUACCAAGAUUUGUGUAUUCUUCCCUCGAUAUUAAUGAGGAUAAUUAUUUCAUACUCAGCGGGAAUGCGCAAGAUUUGAUUCGCGGCACAGUUUGUGAUAAAUAAACACUGAGAAAUAAAUUGUUUUGUACGAA